GCGCCGGUCUCACUCCAGCGAAUGUCUUGCCUUUUCUCCACAUUUUCGAGGAUAAGAUGGCGCUCUUACGAUAACAAGAAAUCAUAGCCGAAUCAGCGCAGAUACCCACAUCAUAAAAUCUGUGCCGAGGACUGCUUAUCCACGAGGACAGCCUUGUGGGGGACUCUCUGGAUCGGCUAACCUCCUGACCUCUCAGGCGGGCAUGGUGACAUUUUGGGGCCCGGAAAUGACUGUAAAUGGACGCAAGGGACAUUUCUCAGACUUGUCAAUAUAUUCGGUGAUCAAUAUUGACGUCAGUUUACUCGGCUUCUUUACUUUUUCGAUAGAGCGGUCAACUUGUUCGAGAACGUGCCUGCAGUAUCCUGACAUCGACGCUCAGUCCAUUCUCUCGCGCUUUUUCUCCUCCUCUAUCUACACUACAUCUCUGGUCCAAUGCGACCUUGCAGCACACCAAGAUGAAGUGCUGACCGCUUUUCUUGGACAGCUUCUUUGACCAGUGCUUAUUCCUAUCAGGCUCCCACUAUCGACGACAUGUCCUCGACCCUUUUGCACAUGUCUCAACCUCAAUCCAGCAUAGCAUUCCCCUCUUCUCCACCCACCUCUGUCCCCUCCCCCUCCUCGGCGCCCACCUCUCCUCCAUCCUCUCAGCGAACAUACUCCCAAGCAUCCAACACUGCCGGCUCGCCACUCCCUAGCAUCCCCCGCCGCACCAGUUUUCGCUCGAACCACCCUCCAUCCUUCGCAGAGCUAUCAAUAUCGUCUAACGCCGCAGCUACAGCCCAGAGAGACGAGCUGUCCUCGCUACCUAUACCCAUCCCUCAGCCUCUCCUCAACGACUCAGACACGGGCUCAUCGUCCUCUCCCCCAGAAAAUGGCCCCAUCACGUUUAUCCCCUCAUCGAAGCGCAAUCCUCCUGUCGUGAUCACGCAAGCCCCAAGUCCCCCUAGGGCAGGCACAUCAGCUCCCACUCCUACUCCCGCCCCAAUAGGCAGCCCCACUUACAGAAAGAAGCCCGAUCAACACCGGGGCCACCCUGACUUUAACCCGAAGCGCCGGUCUAGUCUGCGGCCCAGUAACGAGUCUUCCAGCGACGAAGGCAAUGCCAAGCCCUUGCUGCUCAAAUCGCCAAAGCUCAGACUAAACCUCGGAGGCCUGCACACUCGCAAUCUCUCCGAGUCGCAGAUCAACACCAAGAAGCUCACCGUCGACCCCGUUGUCAAAGUCGCGCUCUCGGCCGCCCCGGAGCCCAGCAAGGCGCUCGACGGAACCCUCCGUAAAAAGUCAGGCGAGAUCGUCAAGCCCUCGCUCAAGUCCGCCAAGCGGCCGACGUCCAUCGCCAUACCCGACGCGCGGACCAUCUUCCCGCAGAGCGCCCCCACGACACCAGGGGCCAAGGCCGUGCACUUCGACAGCAAGCUCGAACGCGUGAAGCUCUUCCUCGCCGAGCAGAAGCCGCUCGCGGUCUCGCGCGACGGCUCGCCGACGGACGACACGAGCGGGACGGAGACGGAGGGGUUCCCGUUCCCGUCUGCGUACAUGACGCGCGCGCAGGUUCUGCAGCGGAAGCAACAGGACGAGAAGCAGAUCGAGAUGCGGCUGCAGAACAUGCCUGCGCCGCUGGCGCAGACGACGGCGGGCGGGCGCGUGGACGUGUCGCUGCAGACGAUCGCGUUCGCGUCGGAGCAGCGCACGAUCAGCGGGCGGGUGCGCGUGCGCAAUCUUGCGUAUGAGAAGCGCGUCGUGGUGCGGUUUACGCUGGACGGGUGGCAGACGGCGAGCGAGAUCACGGCGCGGUUCGCGGACUCGAUCGAGCGCGGCGCGUACGACGAUUUUUCGUUCACGAUCCGGUUGCAUGAUUUCUGGGCGCACAUCGAGGACAAGACGAUGGUCUUGGCCGUGCGGUACAAUGUCGCGGGCAAGGAGCUGUGGGACAACAACGCGGGCGCGAACUACGUCGCGCGCUUUGUGCGGGUCGAGCCCCCGUCGCAGCCGGAGUCGAAGCCGGCGGCGGUGAUGCACCGCCAGGAGUCGUCCGAGCAGGAACAGGAGGCGAUGAUGGGCGAUCUGAAGAACAGGCUCGAACAGGUCGCCAAGGACCGGAGAGACGCGCCGUCGCCGACGACGUCCUUCCAGAGCCUCCCGCGCCGCCCGGGCGAGCGGCCGCCGUCCCUCUCCAGCGCGCGGUACGAUUUCGCGUCCGCGUCGCGCUCGCCGUGGAAGUUCAACACUGUCAGCUCGCCGUGGCAGAGCAACGCGAACGGGCACGCGCGCACGCACACGUUUCCUAGCUCCAUCAGCAGCGUCAACAAUAAUCAUCCCGGCAGCAGCAGCAGCAAUAGCAAUAGCAGCAAAUCGCUCAGCGUCAACCCGUCGGUGCCCUGGCCAUCCAAGACCUCACCCGCAGUGUCCCCCCUGCCUCGCCCCCGGGCUGCGCUCCCUUCGCCGCGCGACACCGAAGAGGCAACAUAUGAUCGGCACGGCGCGCCGGUGUGGGACCGCGCGCAGAUCGAGGACUUGCCGUUCGCAUCGCCCGCUAGUCCGACGAUGAGGCCAGGACCGAGUAUAGGUCUGGGGUUGAGCGUGAGCCCGCCGAAGAGCGGGGCGGGUCUGACUGGCCCGAGCCCAGUGCCGACGAGGCCAGGGCCAGGGACUGGGACUGGUACUAGCGCUGGGCCGGGGUUGAGCACGAGCCCGCCGAAGAGCAUCGCGAGCCCGAGUUCGGCGGCGGCGGCGAGGCCAAAGUUGGGCUUGAACACGAGCCCGCCGCGCGAGCGGCGCCACCGGCGGUCGUACAAUGAGGUCGACUCGCCCGUGGCUGCGCCGACGCUGCGGCGCACGCCUGUCGGCUCGCCGAUCGACGUGCCUUCGGAGCUUCCGUUCGAUGGCGUGUUCGCGGCCGAGACGGUGCCCCAUAUGCGCGUGUCGCCACUGCCUUCGCCUGCGCUGCAUGAAGGCGCUGCGGCGCCCUCGUCCUCGUCAAAGCAGGGUCCGGAUUCGUACUUUUCCAGCAGCGUGUGGGGCGCACCGGCUGUCCCGGCGCCGAGUGUCGUCGAUUCCACCAUCAAAACGGAGCUGAACGCGUCGUUGCAUCCGAGUAUCAACGUCAGCGCCAGCGGGAGCUCGGAAGACUCGACGCCGUCGGUCACGUCGCAGUCGAGCAGCGCGAGCUCGCCCAUGGUGUCUCCCGCGGGCGACUGGGGGCUCUACAGCGAUCUCUCUUCCGCCUUCGCACCGACGGCGGCGGGGACCGGGUCCCACAAGGACGGGUAUAGCCAGUUUUUGAACCAAUUCUGCUUCUACACGGGCUCGAACAGCAUGCUCGAGCCGCCCCCGCCGCCCGAUGCCGUGCCACGCUCGGCGUCCACGUCGGACGUCGAGGGCCUGCUUUGGACUUCUUCGUCGAGUUCGCCCGGCGCAGCGUUGGCCCCGCCAGCGAGCAAGGACAGCGCUCAGACUCCGGCGCGUGCCGUUAGCUGGGAUGACGUGCGCAGCAGCUCUAGUACCAGCGGGGCCGCGACGCCCAAGGGCAAGCAGCCAUCGUCGUCGUCAUCUAGUACGCCAAGCGCUACGACUCCGACGGGGGGCUGAGCGCGCUACUGCUACAGUGUGGCUCCACCGAAGUCCACCAACCGACCGUGGAAUCAUCGAUCUUCAUCGUUAUUUAGUCAGGGGAUCUCUACUUAUCGCUCAUUUUAUAUCUUGGGUCUCUUGUUACUCGCAUGCUUAGGGCGCCUCCGAUACAUACCUACCUACCCUCUGCUCAUCUGUCUACACUUUUCCGUUUCUCCUGUUCAUGUCCAUCUCCACUUGCCACUUACUCGCUAUUGACAGCGAGGCUCCAUUCUGGUAGUGCCAACAUGGUGCAGCCUCAUGGCGCGGCCCAUGGCGCCCCACUCAUCCCAUUCCAGUCCAAUAACACAUACAGUUUUUUUUUUUGACACGCUCAUGCUCAUGCUUAUGCUCAUGCACCCCGGCGCAUUCGCACAUGCAUAUACACGGCUAGCCUCCCUUCGACCAUUGCAGCUUACAGCGCUUUGCAAGUGAAUGCGGAAGCCUGGGUGGAGAGAUGGCAGUGCACACUGGGGCCGGUGCAGGACCCCUGGCAUGAGGCGGGCGAACGAUGCGGAGUUCUACUCGGGGUCCUCACUCGGCUGUCUCGGCGGGGCCAUUUCGCGUCAGAGGCUUUUCCGCAUCUUUGUGCAAACCGCUGUAACGUAACUUAACUCUUUCAAUGGCGCCUCCGAGGCUUGAAUUCUUCUGUAGGAUAGCAUCAUUCCGCGAGCUCGGGGCGGAUGGCUCUUUGUAAUUGUAUGGACGUUUGCAUGUUUU